AUGGCUUCCGCUCGGCGUAGUUGGCGGCUCGAUUCUAAAGAAAUGUUUGAUGUUUUGGUAAAUGUUGUUGACUCAGUCAUUGAGGAAGACCCGGAAAUUCAAAUUGAAGAGGUAAUUCAAGACUUACAAGAGGUGUUAUCGGUCCAAGAUCAAGAAAAUGAUGAUGCUGACGUGUCAGAAAACGUAUCUGAACCAGAAGAGGGUCAAAGCCGGGGUCGCUAA